GGGGCGGGACGGGACGGAGCGGAACGGGACGGCACGGAACGGCACGGCACGAGCCAAGCUGCCAUGGGAAGCUGCGGCGCGCGGGCACGGCAGGAGCUGCUGGUGCUGCUGAGCAGCGUAUGGCUGUGGGUGGGCAGUGCUCAGCCCACGGCCCCGGGCCCCACGCACGCCCCCGGGUCCCAGCUGAAGUUCCGCCUGGCUGGCUACCCACGCAAGCACAACGAAGGACGCGUCGAGGUCUUCUACAACGACGAGUGGGGCACCAUCUGCGAUGACGACUUCACGCUGGCAAACGCGCAUGUGCUGUGCCGGCACCUCGGCUUUGUGGCUGCCACCGGCUGGGCUCACAGCGCCAAGUACGGCAAAGGCGUCGGGCGGAUCUGGCUGGACAAUGUGAAUUGUGCUGGCAGCGAGAAGAGCAUCGGGGACUGCAAACACCGGGGCUGGGGGAACAGCGACUGCAGCCACGAGGAAGAUGCGGGUGUUGUCUGCAAGGAUGAGCGCAUCCCAGGCUUCAAGGACUCCAACGUCAUCGAGACCGAGCAGAGCCAUGUGGAGGAGGUCCGCCUGCGGCCGGUGGUGUCCGGGGCUCGGCGGCCGCUGCCGGUGGUGGAGGGCAUCGUGGAGGUGCGCUACAAGGACGGCUGGGCACAGAUCUGCGACGAGGGCUGGAACAGCCAGAACAGCCGCGUGGUCUGUGGCAUGCUGGGCUUCCCUGCUGAGAAGAAGGUCAACAAGAACUUCUACAAGCUGGCUUCCAAAUCUCAGCCUAAACAAAAGCGCAGGGAGGACGUAGGGUCCAAGAAGAGGCUCUUUACGGAGCGGCAGCAGCUCAACUACCGCCUGCACUCUGUGUCCUGUGCCGGGACGGAGGUGCAUCUCUCCAUGUGCGCCUUCGAGUUCUACCGUGGCAACACCUCGGCCGCCUGCGCCGCCGGCAUGCCCGCCGUCAUCAGCUGCGUGCCCGGGCCCCUCUUCGCUGCCAGCAAUGCCCACAAGAAGAAGCAGCGCCAGCAGCAGCAGCAGCAGCAGAGCCAGCCACGGAUCCGGCUGAAGGGCGGCGCGAAGGUGGGUGAGGGCCGUGUUGAGGUGCUCAAGAGGAACGAGUGGGGCACCAUCUGCGACGACCGCUGGAACCUGCUGUCGGCCAGUGUGGUGUGCCGUGAGCUGGGCUUCGGCAGUGCCAAGGAGGCCCUGACCGGGGCACGCAUGGGCCAAGGGACGGGGCCCGUUCACAUGAACGAGGUGCAGUGCCUGGGCACCGAGAAGUCCCUCUGGAGCUGCCCCUUCAAGAACAUCACGCAGGAGGACUGCAAGCACUCGGAGGACGCGGCCGUGCGCUGCAACAUCCCCUACAUGGGCUACGAGAACCUGAUUCGGCUGAGCGGGGGCCGGAGCCGCUUCGAGGGGCGGGUGGAGGUGGCAGUGGGCGCUGGCGACGGGGACCAGCGCCGCUGGGGCUUGGUGUGCGGCGAAGGCUGGGGUACGCUGGAGGCGAUGGUGGCCUGUCGCCAGCUGGGGCUGGGAUUCGCUAACCACGGCUUGCAAAUCCGCCUGGCCGGCGGCAGGACAGCGUUCGAGGGACGUGUGGAGGUGAAGCGAGGCAGUAAGUGGGGCACGGUGUGCAGCGACGGCUGGACCACCAAGGAGGCAAUGGUGGCCUGUCGCCAGCUCGGCCUGGGCUACUCCCUGCACGCGGUCACGGAGACGUGGUACUGGGACGCCAGCAACGUGACGGAGAUGGUUCUGAGCGGGGUGAAGUGUGCCGGCCACGAGAUGUCCCUGAGCCACUGCCAGCACCACGGCACGAGCCUGAACUGCCGGAACACCGGCACGCGCUUUGCUGCCGGUGUCAUCUGCUCUGAGACCGCCUCCGACCUGCUGCUGCACGCCCCGCUGGUGCAGGAGACGGCGUACAUCGAGGAUCGGCCGCUGCACAUGCUGUACUGCGCCGCCGAGGAGAACUGCCUCGCCAGCUCGGCACGCCUGGCUAACUGGCCCUAUGGGCACCGCCGCCUGCUCCGCUUCUCCUCCCAGAUCCACAACAACGGCCGUGCCGACUUCCGACCCAAGGCUGGGCGGCACUCCUGGGUCUGGCAUGAAUGCCACCGGCACUACCACAGCAUGGACAUCUUCACCCACUACGACAUCCUGACACCCAAUGGCACCAAAGUGGCUGAGGGGCACAAAGCCAGCUUCUGCCUGGAGGACACCGAGUGCGAGGAAGAUGUGGCCAAGCGGUACGAGUGUGCCAACUUUGGGGAGCAAGGUAUCACUGUGGGGUGCUGGGACCUGUACCGGCAUGACAUCGACUGCCAGUGGAUCGACAUCACUGACGUCAAACCCGGCAACUAUAUCCUGCAGGUUGUGAUCAACCCCAACUUUGAGGUGGCAGAGAGCGACUUCACCAACAACGCCAUGAAGUGCAACUGCAAGUACGACGGGCACCGCAUCUGGGUACACAGCUGCCACAUCGGUGACGCGCUGAGCGAGGAGGCCAACAAGCGGUUUGAGCAGUACCCAGGGCAGCUCAACAACCAGAUCUCCUAGGGCAGACAGUGUCUUCCUUCCUCGCUCCACGCCAGUGGGUGCUGGUGCAGAGGCCUCUCAUCUGGCAUUGCUGCUGUGCCCAUCCGGGUUUGCCCAGGACUCGUCAUUGCCGGCCGCCCUUUCCCGCCUUGGGAGCUGGCACUGGAGGCACUGAUCCUGCUCCUCCAGCCUGGGGCCACCACCCCAACCACUGCCGGGGGGCUCCGCGCCCGCGUUCCCUGCGCUGCAGCACACGGGUAUGGCCCAGAGGUCCUGCAUCCCAGUCCUUGCCACCCCAGCUGCUCCCUACACUCCCUGUCCAGGCUUCUCUCACCCUCCUGGGCUCUGCCCCAGGACCCACAGCCCAUGGAGAGAUUCACAUCCCGGCGGAGAACACGGAGUGCCUUGUCCUGCAGGAUGGGGCAGCUCCCACACCCCAAACUU